AAAAACACUGACACAGCUGGACGUCUAUCAGUUGUUGAUUAACUGGCCUCAAGUGAAGACGUUCGUCAGAACAAAUAAAAAAUAUAAAAAUAUUAAACAACAAAAUAAAUAACAUCAAAGUGCUAAAGAAUUCAAAUAAGUCAAUCCAUAACAACAAACCUAAAUAUAUAAUUGACGGUUUCUAUAGAGCUUUAAAUAAAGACUUUCAACACGCCAACAUGAAUUGCGAUGAAGUAUAUGAAAUCAAAAAAACUUGGGAAAUACCCGCUGCUACACCCACAGAGUCCGGUGUGGCGAUAUUGUUAAAAUUCUUUACAAAAUAUCCGUCCAAUUUGGAAAAGUUUUAUUCAUUUAAAGAUCUGCCAAUUGAUGAAUUAAAAAACAAUGCCCGCUUCAAAGCCCAUGCUGUGCGCAUUAUAAAGGUUUUUGAUGAAUCCAUACAAAUGUUGGGACAUGAUUGGUCGGGACCAAAACUAGAGGAAAUGUGGUCAAAAGUUGCGGUAUCACAUUUUAAUCGACAAAUAGAAAAACAAUCGUUUAAUGAACUGAAAGAGGUAAUUUUGGAGGUCUUAACAGCGGUCUGUAAUUUAAAUGAAAAACAAACAGCAGCUUGGAUUAAAUUAAUGGACAUUGUCUACUCAAUUGUUUUUAAUACACUGGACAAACUAAAAAAUGGUGAACAAUAAAACGAAACACAACAGAAACUUAUUUGAAAGAAAUUAACAAAAAAUAACAAUAUUUGUUAAAUAAUAAAUACAAUUGUUAUAAGUAAUUAACAAUAUAAUUUUGUGUUUUUUUUAAGAAACAAUAUAAAAAAAAAAUAUUUAAAAAAAUUCAAUAUGAAUGUGUUUAGAGAGAUGAAAAUAAAUGGUAGUUAGUUAAAGCUCUUCCCUAAAACAUAAAAACAACUAAAUAAACACACAUAUAUAUCUAUAGAAAUACUCUUAACAUAAAUCCUUUUUCCCAUCCUCCCCUCUAAAGAAAAAUGAAAAUAAACACACUCACACUAAUGCACUAAAAAGCUUUAUACUUAUUAAAAAAAAAUACUAAAAGAAAAACAUGAUAUUAAACGUAUUUGUAUGUAUGUGUGUAUAUUAGAGAACAAGUGUAAAAAUAAACAUAAAUAAAUUAACAAUUCGACAACUGGUAGUUGCAACCUUUAGCCCACCUUUAAGAACAACAAGAAUAACAAAAAAAUUAAUUAAAAAACUAGUUUUAAAAUGAACAACACAAAUAUAAUUGUUAAUUGUA